CUCUCCUGAGACGUCAACCACACCAAAUUCAAUCUGAUGGCUCCCUUAUCUCUCUCUCUUUGAAGGUUUUUCCCUCAAAUGUAAAUAUAUUUCGAGACGCAGUGAAUCGUUUUCAUAUAUUUUCACAAAUAAAUUUCAUGUGGAGAGAACCAUUUCAAAAUUAGAGUCAAAGAGAGUCGACAAGAAAGGAGUUAAAAUCUCUCCACCCCUCUCUCUCUCUCUUUGAGCUUACAUCAUCCUUGGAUGAGCCAUGGCGGAUGAGUUCCACACGAACGGGAGCUGCUGGUGGAAGGGCUCAUCGAAGGACAGGCUCGAGAGUGGAUCUAUAAUUCCCUCAAAUUUCUCUUCUUCGGGGCAACAAAGCAACAUGGGGAGCUUAUUUGGUUGGUCAGCGUCUUGCGCAGAUUCUGUCUCGAUAAUUUCUGCUGCUGCUGAUAGCAAGGUCGUCUCCUCUCCUGCGGAUUGGAAUACUAAUCAAUCGUCGCUACGUGUCGAGCGAGGGGAGGUAGGUUUUCGGUCGAUGCUUCAAGAGAACGCAAACAUGGAGGAACCGAGCUUCGAUAUGGAUGCAGCCAUGUAUAGCAGCCCGUCGGCCAUCUUACAAUCUGCUUUGCAGAACAGGUCACAUAUUGGGAACAGUUAUGGCAUGAACUCAACAACUCAUGAGCUCUUGCCUCCAUUAAUGACAAGAACUUCACCUCCUGAGCAACAUCCGCAUAUCGGUCAUCUGCAAUUCUCCAAUAAUGCUCCGUUCUGGAAUGCUUCGAUGAAGGGUACUAAUGUCCGAUCCAGUUUCAUCCCGUCCUCCUCAUUCCAAUGCCAUCAGCAGUAUCCUGUUGAUGAGAAACCAAAGAAUCUGUCCGACGGAGUUAAUGUAUCGAACAACAUCGGGAGUGAAGCAUCAAGCAAAAGAACUCGAAAUGAAACUCCAUCGCCUUUGCCCGCUUUCAAGGUAAGGAAAGAGAAGAUGGGGGACAGAAUCACUGCCCUCCAACAAUUGGUUUCGCCUUUUGGAAAGACUGAUACGGCCUCAGUGCUGUCAGAAGCCAUCGAUUACAUCAAGAUCCUCCAUGAACAAGUGAAUGUCUUAAGUGCCCCAUACAUGAAGAGUGGAACUCCCAUGCAUCAUCAUCAGCAGGAUAAGGACCCAGAAGGGAAAGAAGAAGAAGAACAAGACCUUAGGAGCCGAGGCCUGUGUCUGGUCCCAGUAGCAAGCACCUUUCCAGUCACGCAUGAGCCGACUGGUCAACUUGAUUUUUGGACCCCUCCCUUCGGUGGACCGUUCAGAUAACCGGAAAUAAUAUAUUCUCUCACUUGUUGAGUCGACCAAAAAUUUGAGAUUUCUAGCUUGAUCUGCCAUCAUCAGCAGACACUCAUUCUUGAUGAUCAAGUGAAUUCCAUCUCAUUAAUGAAGCGAUCACACACGUCAAGAUUAUCAUUUAUGCCAUGUAAGAUACGAGAUUUGUAAGCGGUUACUAGCGCUUAUUACCAAAGGAUUAUACAUGCUUCACGUGUUUUUUGCAAUGGAACUGACAUUGAUCUAAGUAUAUAAUUAUGUUAAUGUGAUUUAGGACAAAAUGUCCCUGCUUGUCCUACUCAUGUUAUUAUUAUUUCUUUUAUGGUAAAAUUUCUU